UAUCGAGGCUGGAUGUGGCUGGAGCACAAACGGCUGUUCCUGGGCAAAUCAAGGAGCUAUGAAAGACAGUGUUUGCCAAAUGAUGGAGUCAGGGAUGAAGUUUUCUAGACCAGAGAUCUCCUCCAUCACUCCCAGUGUGGUGUCUUUCUACGGUAGAAACCAUGCAGUGUUGUCGGGUCAUAACCUCAGUGAUGUGACCAGAGUGAGGAUCCAAGCGGACAUGGACUGCACUCCACAAGAAUCUCCUGUGUGGAGCAACACUGGUGUGAAACUGACGUUCCACAUUCCCAGUGCCGAUAAUAAAGGCGUGGUCAAAGUAUGUGUUCUCCUCCCAGACGGUAGUUGCCAUGGCAAUGCUACAAUCACCUACCGGUCAUCCCCAUCCUGCGCCCACAUUGUACCAAGCAGCACCUGGAUCAGUGGGAAGAGGAAGAUCACACUCAUGGGAUCCCACCUGGAGUUUGUGGAAGGGGUCAUGCACAGCCACGCCCCGCAGGAAGUCAGACCUCCCAGAAACAGGAACAAUCAGAGUCUCAUCUAUGACACACCUGCAGCUGAAAAAGGGAUUUCUACUAGCACUGUGUUUCUGAAAGUAGCCAAUGAAACCUUGGCCUGCCUACCAAUGACCUACUAUCCAGAGCCUGAGUUCACUAGCUUCACAUCCACAAGGACAGGGGACGAUGUGCGCAUCACCAUACAGAAAAAGGCAGACAAACUGGAGAUGACCAUAGCAGAGUUGGAGGUGUGGGGCGUUGAGGAAGAAAAAAAACACCCCUGCAUCAUGGUAACCAAAGAAACCAGUAAUGAGACUGACUUUUUCAUCUGUGAGAUUCAAAGGACAGCCAACGCUAACUUUCAGCAGUUAAUGAUAAAGUAUGGUGACAAGACAGUAACGCUCGGACCUCCAUCUUUAGUACAUCUGGUCCUUAAUAUACUGCGUUUUCUGCUGAUACCCUGUAUUAUGUCAGUAUUGGUGGCUAUCUGUCUAUGGCAAAGGAAGCUCACUGCUAAAACGAACAAGCUGGGACCAUCAUGCCAAACCUUGUGAAUGUUUUGCUUCUCCGUUAUCAAAAUAGACAUUAUACUUUUUAUUCUACCGGGGUAAAGUUCAAUCUUGGGUCCCAAAAUGAUGUAGAGGGAAGCAACCUUAACUAUACAGGGAGUGUAGGAGGGCUUCCAGCACUCUUUAGUAUUUUGCUUUUACAGUAUCUUAUAACGCCUUUGGUAUUUAACUCAGGUAUAGUUGUAUCUUGGCCACAAUAAUUUAAAUGUGUGUCCAGGCAUAGAAAUCAGGGUUUAGGGACUUUUACUUGGGUAAUUAAAGGGUACUUUUUGCAUUUUUUAGGUACGGAGUAUAUUAGAGAGACUCAAACUGGGGACAUUGCAUUAAAAUGGUCAGCAUCUUAAACCUCUAGAGUCUAGUCCACAAAGUCCCCUUAUUUCUUUUUUAUGUUAAUUGUAUUUCCAUUUGGCCCUCUUCUCAGUUAUUGUUACAUUGUACCUGUGUUUUUUUUCCUUAAAUGUUUCAAAUCUUUAUUCUGGGUUUUACCUUAGAUGUAUGAUUGUAAAUUAUUAGUUGAAUAUUUGAAUUGGAAACUUACUCCAAGAGAUGAAUACAAAAUAUGAAUAUGCAGCCUGGACUUGAUUGAAAACAAACUGAUUUGGGAAACAGAUUUAAUGUGACUUAACUGUCUUCCUUUGCAACCUUGACUCCAGGAAGUCACUGUGACAAGCCAAGAAAUAGUCAGGUACAUAACCUUGUACAUAACAUAACAGAGUCAGGUACAUAACCAUGUGCGAAACCACAACUUGAGGUUUUUACAGAUUUUUUUUUUACUAGCUGUAACUUCAUAUUUACUUGAGACUUGAGUGAUGUAAUGUUAGAUGACCGUUGGUACAGUCCAGCGUACUUAGAUAAUCUGUUGUUUUUAAUGUUUGUUCUCAUAGGUGUUUUCUUAAAGGAAUACGCCACCUUUUGUUGAAAUAGGGUUAUUCACCGUCUGCUCUAUAUUUAUAUAGGUGGGCAAACGCAUUUUUGUCUCAGUGCAUGAGUGCUAGCUUAGCUUAGCGUAGUCAAUGGAAUCCUUUGUUGCCAGUUAGCAUGUCGUGAUUAAAAGUCAGCCAACAAAAAACAA